AUGACAGUUUUUACCUCGGCUGCGGCAAAAGCGCCCAGGCCCCUUAACCGCACCCUCCCUGAAAACGCCCCAUCGUCUGUGCGGGUCGCGGCUUCCCCAUCACCCCCCUCCCCCCGUUUACAUUCAGGUCCGCGCCAUAAAGGCCGCCGAGUGACGCCCCGCCAUGGCAACCGUCAAAAAGAGCCGUUGCCCCGAACUACACCAGCCGACGAGGCCUGCGGUACCUUAAACCCGACGCCCUCCGUCUUCCGUUCCACGUCCUUACCUUUUUUUUCUUACGACCGCCGCGAUUCAAUCGGUCUCAGCGUAAAAACAACAGCCCUCCGACCACCUUCUCCGCAGGCGCUUCAACUAUGCCUGAACGGUUUCCCCCACCGGGCGUAUUUCAGCCUGAACCGUGGGUGCUGGAAGACCUCCUCCUCCUCCUCCUCCUCUGCUUCCGCCACGUGGCCGCCCAUCGCAGCAGCUGCGCGGCUCGGGAGCGCCCUCCAGCGGCCACGCCCGGAGGCGCAGGGCAGCGGCGGCGGCGUGGCCACCAUGGGGAAGGCGAGGAGGACCCCCGCAGCCGCGGCGACGCGGAAAGGCCCCCACCCCGGGGCGAAGAAGCCGCCGGAGCCGCCCGGGGGUGCUCGGGGGGACCGCGCUUCCAAGGGCAAGGCCCCGCCGCGCCAGAAAGCCCGCGAGGCGGAGUCGCCGGGCCCGGAGGAGGAAGAGCAGCAGCAGCAGCAGCAGGGGGGCGCCCUGGCCCUGGGCGCGCAGCAGGACCGCUGGCUCCAGUUCCUGAAGCGCCAGCGGGUGAGCGGCGAGGAGGCGGCCAAGCUCUUGCUGGACACCUUUGAGUACCAGGGGCUGGUGAAGCACACGGGAGGAUGUCACUGCGGAUCUGUCCGCUUCGAGGUCUGGGCCUCGGCCGACCUGCACGUCUUUGACUGCAAUUGCAGCAUCUGUGCUAAGAAGCAAAACCGGCAUUUCAUUGUACCUGCCUCACGUUUCAAGCUGCUAAAGGGUGCUGACGACCUGGCUACCUACACCUUCAACACCCACUGUGCGAAGCACACCUUCUGCAAGACCUGUGGGAUCCAGAGCUUCUACACUCCUCGCUCCAAUCCAGAUGGCUAUGGAAUAGCACCGCACUGCUUGGAUGAAGGCACAGUGCGCAGCGUCACCAUAGAGGCCAUCAAUGGCAAGGAGUGGGAAAAGGCCAUCAAGGCGCAUCCCACAAUCAAGACCUUGUCAAAACCAUAACUGUGCCGACUCCAAGAAGCAUGGACGCCCAGGACUGCUCAGCAAGAGAUCCCUGUUUCCACCGUUUAGAAAAUAAAACUUGUAUUUUUGUAAAAUAA